AUGAAGUACAUCUUGUGGAUCUGCUUCCUUUUGAUUGGGGAAACCCACGGAUACGUGCGCCUCACAAACCUGGUGUGCGAAAGCUAUGACAAAACAUUCAUUGACUUUCCCGAAUGCCGGCUGAAAGUGCUUGGCAGGGGAAUCAUCGGGGCCAACAUCCAUGUGAAGUUUCUAAGACUGCCAAUAAAUAGGAUGGCCGUGAGAUUCACUGUUUAUCGGAAGCUAUCCGGAUACCAUCCGUUUCUAUUUAAUGUAACCGAGGAAUUCUGUCGCGUCCUGAAGUAUCCCAAUCGCCUGAGGGUCUUCUACUACUUCUACACCGCCUUUUUGCCCUUUUCCAAUCUUAAUCAUACAUGUCCUUACAAUGGUGACGUUUUCAUAAGGAACUGCACCUUGAAUGACCGCAUGUUUGCAAAGGUUCCAUUGCCAAAAGGCAUCUACAAGUUGACCCUCGAGAUGGAUGAUGGAGUCGUGAACUGGGUGUCCAUCAUAAACGUGUACUUUGAAAUUAAUGUUGACUAA